AUGAGUUUAACAUUAGUAUCCUUCAACAUUUGCCCAUAUGUUCUUAGAGUAGUGGCAGCACUUAACCACUUGAAAAUCCCUUAUGAAAUAAAAUACAUCGAUUUAGAGAAUAAGCCAGAUUGGUUUGUUAAGGCAAGUCCAUUGGAAAAAGUGCCUAUCCUUUUUGUUGGUGAGACAGUCAUCUUCGAAUCCCUUGUUAUUUUAGACUAUAUCAAUACUCUUGCUCCUCAGUCAUUGCUUCCAGCUGACAAUCUAUAAAAAGCAUUGAAUAGAGCAAGAGCAGAAUUCUCUGGAGAAAUCAUUGGUACUUUCUGGAGUGUAUUUUCAUCUAAAACAGAAGAGUAAUUCAAAAGCAGUUUUGGUGAUUUGAAGUGGUAUUUUGAGAAAUUAGAAGCAUGGUUGUCUUAAACCAAAUUCAUUUAUAGCAAUGAAUUAACUUUAGCUGACUUUGCUUAUGCACCAAUAUUCACAUUGCUUGAGGCAAUUAAGCCACUUUUCAAAUUGGAUGUCUACGAAGGAUUUCCAAGAUUAUAAGAAUACUCUAAACAAAUUUUAUCACUACCAGGAGUUUAAUCAAGCAAAGUAGAGAAUUACGAUUAAAUCCUCCAAGAAAGAUUAAAGAAAGGAGAUCCUUACAUUUUGAAAUAAUGAGAUAUGUUUAUUAUAUAACAUUUAUCUACAAUUAUUUGAUUUUCAUA